CAUUUUCACUCACUUCCCAAAGUUUUUGAGGUCUUUUUUCCGUUCCCUCUGUGAAUGGCAACUGCUAAUAAAUACUUUAAAAGAAGAUAAAUAGUUUUUUAACUGUGGUUUUAGCCCCUGAACUAACCGAGUUGAUUUACGAUGCGUUUGGGGGGUUUGGGUGUUGUUGUGCUGUGGUCUCGAACUCUUGUGGAUGCCAUUUUGAUUGCCGGUUAAAUUUGUAUUAACGGUUCGGUAGUCGAUAACUACCUGCAUUAAUUGACAUUUAUUUCAUUUUUUACACCAAAACACGUUUUCAUUCAUCCUUUUAAUAAAAAUUUAUGUGAUAUUUUUAAACGGUUCAUUUGUGAAUUAGUAGUACUUUCAUUGAGAUUGUUUGUUACUUUCUACAACAAUGUCUAGCAAGCGUAAACGAGCUCCAACAAAGAAAGCUGGCCCUAAGAAGAAUAAAAGGAAAGAAACUGAAAUUGAUUCCGAAUUGAGUGAUAAUAGCGAAUCGGAAAAUGCUACUCAACCCGACGAGGUUCUGAUCGCCGGGCAUGGCGAUUUGCUGGACGAAGCAUUACCUUUACCACAAGAGUUACUUAAAACUCUCAUUAAACCGGCAGGUCAACUACUUAUUUGCGGUUUAAUCAACUGGGAGCUUACCGGACGUCGAGAUGCUAAAACAACACUCAAACUACAUCCAAACUUGUACAGUCCCACUCGAUUCACUAAUUAUAAGAUUCGUCUAGCCGUAAGCGGAUGUGUGGCGGCGCAUAACGUUCUGGUUACAGAGGAGGGAAAGGCGAUGACGUUUGGACGCAACCAGUAUGGCCAACUCGGUUUGAACAAUCUUACGAUAGUGCAAGAGCCCACGCUUGUUCCCGCAUUGCAAGACAAAAACGUCAUCGGAGUCGCCUGCGGUCGUAAUCACACAUUGUUUUUGACCGAUACCGGCACCGUGUAUGCCUGCGGAGAUAAUCGUUCGGGGCAGUGCGGCGUUGGGAACUUGCAGCCGACAAUUUUAUCACCCAUGCGUAUUAACUAUAGAGGAGCCCCGAUUAUCAAGGUGGGGUGCGGAGCCGAGUUCUCCGUCAUUCUGGAUAUCAAAGGCGGACUUCAUACCUUCGGUCUUCCGGAGUACGGCCAACUAGGCCACAAUACUGAUGGUAAAUAUUUCAAAACCAGCACCAAGCUGUGUUUCAAUUUCGAGACGAGUCCGAAACGUAUCGUUCUUUUCAUCGAGAGAAGUAAGGAUGGGCACGUCUCGCCCGUCGACGUUUCCGAGAUUGUCGAUUUUAGUUGUGGCCAAAAUCACACUGUUGCCAUUGAUAGUAAAAAACGUACAUUUUCUUGGGGAUUUGGAGGUUUUGGAAGACUGGGACACGCCGAGCCUAAAGAUGAAAUGGUACCGAGAUUAAUUAAGUACUUUGACAUACAAUCGCGGGGUGUAAUUUCAGUCACAUGCGGAUCCACCUUUAGUUUAGUGGUGACUGACAUCGGUGGAUUAUUUAUGUUCGGCCAAUCGAAACGUACCGGUGAAGCCAACAUGUAUCCAAAGCCUGUACAUGACCUAACAGGGUGGAAUAUACACCAUAUCGCCGCCGGAUUGACCUCCAUUAUGAUCGCGGCAGAUGAUGCCGUUAUCGCGUGGGGUGCAUCACCCUGUUACGGUGAAUUGGGACUUGGCACCGUUAUAAAAUCGAGCAGUACGCCACGAGAGGUUCAAAAACUGAACGGAGUGAAGGUGUUGGGUCUUUCUAUGGGAUACUCGCACACAUUAAUCAUCGGUCAAAAUAGCACUCCGGAGCAAAUAGCGAAACUGGAAACAUUGGAAGAGUUUGAACUUUAAAGUUGUUUAGUAUCUAAAUAGUUUUCAUCCAUCUACUUUUUAACACUUACAUACUGCAAUCUGGCAAUUGUUACUUGAGUGAGGAGGAUACUUAAUCCAAGCGAAUUUCCUUACUGAAUUUGUUUAGUAUUAAACAUAUGUGGAUGAAAUGCAGCAGCAAGUAUGAAUACAAAUUUGAUAAUCAACGAUU